AGUAAUAAGGCGUCAUUCAUGUGGUGUAAUAAAUACAUUCAUAGAAGUUCACUUCAUGACAAGAGCAGCAUCGUUUAUCGAGCCCGCCGACAGGUUUUAUCGUGACAUGACCCCAUACUGCUAAUGUUACGUAGGGCGGACAGCACAAGAGCCAUUCUGAUACGUUUGCGUGAAAGAAAGCGUUUUAUAUUUAAGAAAAAAAAUGUAGGGAAAUCCCGCGAGAUUUUCUAUUAACGGAAAUUGCCGACAAUUUCCGAGCGCUUCAUUCUACACAGUUCGGUCGUCAGAGGUGGCGGGCGCUUUGGGUGCCCUCUGCAGGUCUGAGCGUGGAAUUGCAUCGGAGUUCGGUGGCUGUGGGAGGAGCGUGUUCAUUCGUGGUCUGCGGAAGCCGAGGCACCGGGUGGCCCGGGGACGCCAGGAAUACUUGUGACCGGAGUCCCUUUGAUCAUGCAUCAGCAAAGAAACUGCAUGAUCCCAAGUUGGCCAGGAGGAGUAGACAUGGAGGGAAAGAAAUUGAUUACGGCGACUGACACCCAGUACUCUGGCAGCUUAUUGCAAUCUUUAAAUGACCAGCGGCUACAGGGCUUGUAUUGUGAUGUCACUGUCAUCGUUGAAGACCGCAAAUUCAGAGCUCACAAAAAUAUUCUUUCUGCCUGUAGCACUUAUUUCCACCAGCUAUUCAUUGUUGCUGGACCAGUAGUGGAAUUGAAUUUUAUCCGAGCUGAAAUUUUUGCAGAAAUUCUUAACUAUAUUUACAGUGCUAAAAUUGUUCGUUUGAAAUGCGACAUGCUGGAAGAACUGAUCAAAUCUGGGAAAUUGUUAGGAGUUCCUUUUAUAGCAGAUCUUGGAAUACCUUUAUCACAAGUGAAAAAUAUGGCUGGUGGACCUAAGGAUGGUCCUGCCGAAGGCCAGUCUAAUUCUGAUCCAAAAUCGCGGGAAUCAACAAAAAACACAAGUGGUCAUUCAGCCAAAGCUGUAGGUGAAUCAGAUAUGCCAGUUAUUGGUGAAACAUUUUCCUUAUCGUUCUCUCGAGAAUCCAAGACUGAUACAGAUUUUCAGGUGAUUGAAUCCGAUGAUGACGACGAUGUGAUCUUUUGUUCAGAGACUGUGCAAGCCAAACCAGUGACUCCAGAAAAAAAAGAAUCUGUGCAAACCCCAACUCCUACUUCUGAUGAACAAGCCUCUGAUACAAAAAAAGCUACACCAUCUAGUCAAUCUCAGCAGCCUAAUCAAAACACUAAACCUCUGACCCAACCCCCUUUAAAAAACAUGGGUUCUGCAUCGAGUAAUACAGAGGCAAAGCAGUCUACUCAAGAUCCUCCAAACGGUUCUGUUGUCCCUCCUGCUCCACAACCUGUUCCGGUUACAGCUCCUCCUCCAGCUCAGACUUCCCAGACUGCCUCUUCUUCUGUUACAGCAAUAUCAGCCCAGAAGCAAACUCCCACUGAUGCUAAUCAAAAUUUACCAAAAUUACAACCUAUUGGUAUUAUUCAGCCCAAAACCGAAUUGAUAUUAGAUGGGAACAGCAUCUCAAAUUCCCCUGUUUCCACAGCUGUAUCCUUGGAACAGCCACCUACAAUUACACACAAAAAUGUGUCUUUUGACGGUGUACAGAAAAAGCAAGUAGUUACCUUCAGUCCUGGAUCAUCUUCAAAACCAGGAGAAUUCAAAAUUAAAAUAGCUGAUGUUGUUUCUGGAAGCAGCAAAGACUCUUCAGAGUCUCGACGCAUAUUGGAUGGAAAAAAAAUCAUUACAUUGGACACAGCAUCCGAGAUCGAGGGAUUGUCAACAGGGUGCAAAGUUUAUGCAAAUAUUGGAGAGGACACAUAUGACAUAGUAAUCCCCAUCAAGGAUGAUCCUGAAGAAGGGUUGCCCAAGCUGGAAGAUGAUGAUGAUGAUUCUCCAAAUCGUAAACGGAUGAAACUAAAACAUGAUGACCACUAUGAGCUCAUCGUUGAUGGAAGGGUCUAUUAUAUCUGUAUUGUCUGCAAGAGAUCAUACGUUUGUCUGACAAGUUUAAGAAGACAUUUUAAUGUUCACUCGUGGGAAAAGAAAUAUCCUUGUCGUUAUUGUGAGAGAGUCUUUCCUCUGGCAGAAUAUCGUACAAAGCACGAAAUUCACCAUACUGGUGAAAGAAGAUAUCAGUGCUUGACUUGUGGUAGUUCAUUUAUUAAUUACCAAGUCAUGGCUUCACACAUUCGAUCUGUUCACAGUAUGGACCCUGCUGGAGAUUCAAAGCUUUAUCGUCUAAAUCCAUGCAAGACAUUACAGAUUAGGCAGUAUGCAUACAUUAGUGAAAGUUCCAAUGCUGUCCCUGUUAUCAAUGAUGGUGGAAUUGUGUAUGACAUUGACCCAGACAAAUCUGAACCAGCCUCUGCAGAGAAUCAUUCUGGUGAUGGGCCAAAACCAGUAAAUUGGGAUGAUAUCUUCAUUCAGCAGUCCAACCAGAACAUGUUUAAACCAACUACUCCGGAGGGCAGUACUGAAUUUGAGUUUGUUAUACCAGAAUCCUAUUAAUCAUGUUAACAUAAGUUCAGCGUAAAAGGAACAUGGAGUACGUAAUCUUCAGGUGAACUGCUGUCAGGAAAUAAUAAUUUUUUUUUUUUUUUUUUUUUUUUUUUUAGCUACACCAUUUUAAUAUAGCCUACAACCUGGCAUAGUUUUAGCCUUUUUUUUUUUUUUUUUUUGUAAGUUACAACCAGUAUGUGAGGGCAUCUUCACAGCAUCCUCUUAAUCGGCCAUUGAUGCUAAAUUUACACAGACCAUUGCCAUAACUUGGUUUUUGCAGUCGUUGUAUAGGAAAUGAUUAGGCACAGAACUUUGUAAUAAAAAAAAAAAAAAAAUUAAGGUGUGUAUUGCAUUUCACUAAUUGGUCCAAUGUGAGUUAGACAGACCUGCUUCUCGAUACUUUAGACAUGUUUGCACUUUAUAAAUGAAGAUAUCUCAUGUUGACAUUCAUUUGGCAAUGUCUAGACAAGUAAGCUAGUUCAGUGGUCUGAUGUGCGAAUGUUCUCUCAUGAUGAAGGGGUCAAAAUCAAAGGUCUUGUUUUUUUCUAUUAGAGAUCACAGCGCUCUUGUGGACUCUGGGUGCUGGGUUUCCCACCUAGAUCUAGAUAUGUAUAAAGACGCCACAUCAUAAUUUUUUUUUCUAAACUAGAUACUGUCCCUUUUAUUUAGAUAGAACUAGGACUAGAAGCAUUUGAAUUGUCCUAUUAUAGCUAAAUAAAAGGGAUUGCAUUAAGCUUUGAAUGGUAUGACAUUUUCAUAGCAACAUGGUAGUUUUACUUUUUAAAGAGGGGAAAAAAAGGCGUUUACAUAACAUGUUUUAAGAAGUGUUUUCUUAUAGAUUGGACCUUUUUAUAGAUCUGCUGAUGUCUUGCUUUGUUGUAAUCCACUGAAAUUGUUUAGAGGUUUUAACUCUGAUUAAAUGUCCCCAACAUCUAGUUUUGUGUUUUAAAUUUACUGUAAGGAUGUAUAAAUAGUGUAUUCACAGGGCAUUUUUAAGGUGCAAUUUGUAAAAUUGCCCUAACCAAAUAGCAGGUUUCUGUGUAUGUAAGAGGCAUUAAUACUCCCAUAUUUGUGCAAGCAUCAAAGGGGUACUCCGGCACUAAGACAUCUUAUCCCCUAUCCAAAGGAGGGACCCCCGCAAUCAGGCAUCUUAUCCCCUAUCCUUUAGGUAGGGGAUAAGAUGUCUUAGCGUCGGAGUACCCCUUUAAGGUUAUAAACAAGAUUGCAGCACAUAGCUGGUAUCUAAUUGGUCCAGCUAAAUAAGAAUAAGAAAUACAAUGAAUUGCAUUACUGCUGUACGGCAACUAUUUUCAAAGAUAAAAUAUUACAAAAGGUAGCAAUAAUAAAAUUGAGAAGCAUUAUAUACACAUGAGUCACAUUUGAUCUCACCCAUGUUAAAACAUGCUUGUUUUAAUCCUGUCAACUCACAUGUCCUGACUAGUUGUAUUCCACGCUCAUGUAUGUGAAUUGCAUAUGGUUUUAAAAUGUUAUACAAUUUCUAACCUGUAUCCAAAAACAAAGGGGGUUGGCGCAUGACAUUUUCCUUAUUCAUAUGAGUUUUUUAAAUUUUUCAGCUUAAGUGACUUUGUGAGUUGCAGUAUUGCACUGGGAUUUGUACAGUGUUCUAAGAAAAAUGCCUUAGAACACGGAGUGUAAUUUGGGACUUUGAUCAGCGCAUUACCCAGACACUCCAAAACAUUAGUACAUUGCUCUGUUCUUAAAGAGCACCUGUUAUCAUCUUGUUCAAUUUUAUAAUCCUCCCAGUUCACUGUCCGCAUCGUGAUAAACCACCCCAGCCUUUAUUUUUAUUAUUUUUCUAGUUUUCUACCUUGAUAUUGCUCUGUAUUCUCUGCUCAGUCUUUCAGAUUCACAGACUGGGAAGGGGCGUUACCCAGCAGACAUGACCUCAUCUGAAGCCAUACAGAGGAGAACUUCCUCCCUCACUCUGCUACACACAGAGCAGUUCAGUGUGUGAGAUUAGCUAUGAUUGCCUUUAUUUACCAUAAGGAGGGCAAUAGCAAAAAUUUAGUUUUAAUAAUAGUGCCCAUUUAAUAUUGCGUAUGCUACUGUGAUUUUUGACACACACCGCUUAAGAGCGCAAGACAUUUGCUACAUUAUAACAAGAUGCCUUCUAAUAUUGGACCAGUUUCUAAUUUAGAUAAACAAGUAUUCAACUCCCCACCCCCUACUGGAUUUGACAGAUAUACAUUUUUUUAUACAGUUGCCUUUCUGUUUACUGUAGACUUGGUUAGUUACUGCAUAUUUACAGUUUCCUUUAGGCUAGGUAUAUGUAUGUACUUUUCCUUGCUGUGCACUGUGGGCCUCCUAUAUUGCAAACAUGUUUAAAGUAGCUUAGCAUUCCUACUACAUGCUUGAUAUAAAUGAUCUAAACAGAAUACUGGGAUUGUUGUAGUUAGCAUAGUAUAAGUAGGCAAAUCCGUAUGUGUUUUUUUUAUUUUUUUUUUUUUUUUUUUUUAAAUGAUGACUUGAUAUAACUAGUGAGAUUUGUUUUGUGUGAUAAUACCAUUGUGGAUACAUACCAUUGUAUACAAAGACUAGGUGCAGGUAUCUGUGUAUAUAAUAAGCUUAAAUUCAGGAUAACAACUAUAUUUAAAUGCCUUUUUAUAGGAAACUGGAGAAAAGUAGCCAAAGUAGUUGGAAAGAGAAAGGAAGGGUUCAAAGGAAAGAAAAGCUUAAACUUUCUAUCACACUGUUGCAGUUCUAACAACAUUUUAUCUUAUUAAAGUAUUUGUAUUUGUUGAAUUACUCAAUAAAUCUCUGGGCCAUA